AUGAGCAUACCGCACCUGUUCCGGUGCCCGAUCAGCCUGGACAUCUUCACGGACCCGGUGACGCUGUGCACGGGGCAGACGUACGACCGCCAAUGCAUCGAGCGCUGGCUCGCCGACGGCCACCGCACCUGCCCCGUCACAAUGCAGGCCCUCGGCGACGCCACCGCGCUCGUGCCCAACCGCACCCUUCGCCACCUCAUCGACCGCUGGCUCUCCGCAGCCACCACCGACCAGCACCACCACCUCCCGGAGUCGGAUCCGUCGCUCGCGGCCCUCAAACGGUGCCUCCUGUCCGACGCCACAGCCGCCGCCGCCAAGAUCGCCGCGCUCGAGAAGGUCAUGGCGCUGGCGUCCGAGUCCGACGUCGGCCGCGCGUGCAUGCUCCAGCUGGGGUUCCUCAGCGUGCUGCUCCCGCUCGUGUUCCGCGCCGCGCCGGCGGAUCGCCCCGGUCGCGCGGAGGAGGAGCUCGCGCUGCAGUGCGCGCUCAGCCUCAUGCCGUCCAGCCCCGCCGCGCCGCAGCUCGACUGCCUCAACGUGCUCAAGAAGGAGGCCAGCCUGGCGUCGUUCGUGCGGCUCCUGGAGCGGGGCAGCGGGCGCGCCAAGGCGGGCCUGUGCCGCCUCCUGGAGACCAUCGCCACGGCGACCGCGACGCGGGACCUGGCGCUGAUCGUCGCCGCCUCGCCGCGCGUGUGGCAGGCGCUGCUGCCGCUGCUGCAGCGGCAGGACGGGCCGGCGGCGUCCGACCCGCGCGCCUCGGAGGCCGCGGUGCGCGCGAUCGCGGCGGUCUGCGCCACCGAGCCGGCGCGCGGCAGCGCCAUACACCACGGCGUCGUCGGCGCGCUCUUCAGGCACCUGACGUGGUGGGCGUACGGCAAGGGCGGCGGCGCCGUGUCCAGCGCGCUGGCGGCGGUGGAGGCCCUGGCCGAGACGGAGGCCGGACGCAGGGCGGUCGCGCGCGCCCCGGGAGCGACGCGGGUGCUCGUCAGACACGUGUUCAUGAUGUCGUCGGCCAACGACGGCAGCGAGCACGCGGCGGCGGCGCUGCUAGCUGUGUGCCGGGAGUCGCGGGCGGCACGGAGCGAAGCGGUCGGCGCCGGGGUUGUCACGCAGUUGCUGCUGCUCCUUCAGAGCCAGUGCGGCGCCAGGGCAAAGGCCAAGGCGAGGGCGCUGCUGAAGCUGCUCAAGUCCAGCUUCGUGCAGGCGCCGAUGGCCUCUUACGACUUGCUGCUGCAGCUGGAGCUGAAAAUUCUUCUACUAGAAGUACUGGACGUGGUGAUCAACUUCGCUUGGAGGAUAAGGUGUCUGAUGAAUCAAAAAGGGAUGACGCUGCUUCCUGAUGUCGAGCUGAUGUUCUAG